GGAUGGCGGGAAUGGCGGGGUCGAGGGAGAAGUCUAGGGUAUAUAUGAGGGGACCCCGACCGAUUGCAGGCUGAUACACCAGCCUGGCUGCCAAUACACAAAAACACACACAUACACUGCAGGCAGACUGGACAGCAUGCGGGCCCUUGCAACGAUAGUGGUGGUGACCUUGGCCGUGGCGUUGGUAUCCGGCCAGCAGUACCAGCAGGGUGGAAACGCAUACGGCGACGAGUACGCGGACUACGAAUCGCCGCGACCGGCGCACCCGACGCCGCGAAGUUACGCAGCAGCGCCGGCGCCUGCGCAAAGAGCAUCAGCGCCAUCUGCGCCGAAGCCGACGCCAGUUGCGAUCCUGAAGCAGAUAAACAGACACAACGAGGACGGCUCGUACACCUACGGUUUCGAGGGUGGUGACGGCUCAUUCAAGAUCGAGACUAAGCUGCCGACAGGCGAGGUCAAGGGCAAGUACGGAUUCGUAGACGACACGGGGAAGGUCCGCGUCGUCGAGUACGGAGCGAACAAGUACGGCUUCCAGCCCUCCGGCGAGGGCAUCACCGUCGCACCCCCGACCCUCGUCGACGAGACUACGAACAAGGAGGGCCUCCACAACGUCAACACCAACUACCAAGACUACUCCGACUACCAGCAACCCGCUCCCGCUCGGCCCCAGAUAAGACCCACCCCCGCCGCCGCCUCCCUUCGCCAGCAGCAGGCCUACGAACGUGCGCAGUUCGCCCCCCAGCCCCAACCCCAACAGCAGUACCGUCCCCAGCCCCAGGCCCCGGUCCAGCAGUACCAACCUCAGCAGGCCCAGACCCAGGCGAUCUACGCACCCCAGCAGAACCCUCGGGCCCGUAUCCCAACCCAUCAAGCCCCCCAGGCCCCCGUCUUCGCCCACGCUGCCCCCGCCCCACUGCCCCAGAGCCGUCAGGAAAUCGGCUACGCCACCAGACCCGCCCCCGUCCACCAGGCCCAGGCAUACGAUGAGCCUGAACCCGCUCGCCCGCAGUUCAACUCUCAGGGCCCCGUUCAGUUCAGCCCCGCACCAGUCUCUGCCCCCAGGCCCCAACCUCAGGCUCGCAGCCAAGGCGGCGGUAUCCUCGACCAACUCGCGAGAGACUACGCGCUUCCGCAGGGAGGCGCUGCUCCGCUUCACGACAUCAGCUUCGGCUAUUACUAGAAACGAAGGACGGGCUCGCGUCGAUGAGAGCCAACGGGGAAGCUUCUUUGGAGCUUUGUACGGAUGGCGAGGACCCCGCUAACUACUUCUCGCGAUCUUGUCACCGAAAUACUCGCAGAGCUCGCCCGUCUGUCACUAGGUUAUUUUAAUGUCUAAUUAAAUCUAAAUAAAGAGAAAACGAACGUA